AUGAGCAUUGGUGACAUGCGCACGCUUUCCUCGGGCCACACCGAUCUUCACGUCCGCAUUGCUGUUGGCGAGGCUGCCGAUGAAGGGCGCACUCUCUUCGCGCAGCAGGGCGUCUCUGCUGGCCAGGUCAUCCUGCGAGAGAAACCCGCGAUUGUUGCAGCAUCCAGAGACGAGUUGAGCGAACGCAUUGCCGCGGCCCUUGCGGAGAACGGCGAUUGUCUGGCUCCUGCGGUCUCUGGCAACUCCGAGGCUUGCGAGGGAAGCCGUGCUUCCGAGGUUGUUUCAUUGUACAGCUUCGAUUUUUUGGAUGGUGGCCAUGUGGCCAUUUUCCGCAUCAUUGGUCUUCUGAACCACGCUUGCGCUGGAUCGGAGGAGGCGAAUUGUUGUCUUUCUGUGCCCUUCGACGCUGGCACGGUACGGGAAAAUCAAUCCGUUGCAUUGAUGGCUGUGCGUCCCAUCUUGGCUGGAGAGGCAUUACGAAUGUCUUAUAUAUGUCCUUUCGCGCCUUUAGCUCGGUUGAGGGAGCUUGAGUCUGCUCACGGGUUUCGAUGUAAAUGUUCGUGUUGUCGCAAAGGGCCCCCAUGCCUCAUGGUGCCUUCUUGUGCUGGCUGUGGAACGUGCGAGGCUACCUUGAGACGGUGUGGUGGUUGUAAGGCAGUGUUCUAUUGUUCGGAGACCUGCCAGAGAACGCAUCGUGCUGAGCAUCGACCAGCUUGCGUACGAAAAACGUCUACUGGAGCAGAAACGCCAAUUGAGCAAGAGCAGCGUUCCUUUUUGGAAGUUGCCGAAGCUGAGUUCGAUAGAGCGAUGGACGCCAGUGAUACAGCGUUGGAGGUGGCAUCAGCCGCAUUGAGGGAUCGGAAACGUCUCGUCGGGGAGUCGGAUUUGGAAAGCAGCUUGCAUCUGGCCAGGAAAUUUCUUAGGUGUUACUCGUCCACUGCCUCCUCGCCAAUACUUGGCAAGCAUUGUUUGCGCUUAGCCCGAGGCCAUCCUUUCGUGUACUACGUUCAGGGCAACGCAGUGAAACAAGUCCUGACACGUUUGGCAAUGCGAAUGCGAUUGCGCGGCUCGGAACCGAGAUUCGGGUGUGGGGGCUUGGCCAGGCAGGCUCGUGAUUGGUUGCUUGAUUGUAUUGCCAGUGUAUCGGCGGUAUUGCCCCGGUUCCACAUUGAAUUAUUGAGUCUUCUCAGGGAUAUCGGCGAUCUGAGGCAGUUGUCAGUAGACCUUUUGAGUCUUGCUGCCGACCUGGCUGUAUGGGGGACAGAUGAUGAGGGCAGAAUCAGUGAGGACGGCUUGGCGGAUGUGGCCCAUUGGGCUGUGAAGAUUUUGGCAGAUUAUAAAGAUGUCCUGGCAGCGUAUGGCGAACGUUUGGCGGACGUAGCAGGUGCUGGCGAACUUGACCCAGAAGAUAGCGAUGUCCUUGUAGAUAGUGACUCUCCAAAGGGUGCGCAAUGCUUGCAAAAUGGUAUUGAUGCAUCCGUACUGGAAGAUUUCCAACGGGACUUGCAGAUGUUUAAUGACAAGUUCGGGGCAAGCGUCAGAUGGUGUGGUGGCCGUGUGGAUGGCCUUGCUGAUUUGUCAAGGGAACCGUUCGAAGAGUUGAAGCGCCUCUGCAGUUUCUAUACUGGUCGUUUGCCCGAAGGCCAUGGUGAUGGUGUCGACACAGCGGACGGUUCCGAUAAGAAUGGUUUCGAUGAUGCGGUCGAGGGCAAUGCAGAUGAAGAGCCCCUUCGUUUUCAGCAAGGGGACCGUGUGAUAAGCAAUUUGGGCUUGUAUUGGUCAUCUGGAAAGAUUAUCGAUGUUGACGUUGUUGAUCCAAGCGACCUUGAUGGACCAAGGCUUCCAUAUCUCAUCAAGCUUGAUCCCGAGGCAGGCUUCAAAGAGCCGAUGUCUGUAGCUGUUGACGACGACAGCACUGUGCGACGGGAGGUCUGCUUCCACGCGGACACGGAGGUGCAGUUUACAAAGGCAUCAGCGCAGCUCGUGGACUCGAGACCGUCGAAUGUUAAGUUGCGUUUUGAGGUUGGCACGCGUGUGGGUUGCCGCAUUCGCGACACCGAAGAUGCUGUCUCCGUUUGGGGGCGCGGCCAGAUUGUGGAGGAUUGGCCGUUGCUGCCACCCCCGCAUCAGCUGCCCUAUGGCCGGAGAACUGCGCGUGUCGUGCCGUAUUUGGUGAAGCUUGAUUCGGGACAAUUUGUUUAUGCACAUCGUGACGAUCACACGUUGAUACGUUUGGAGGAAUACAUUCCUCAAUCCAUGGGGAGAGGCAUCGCAGCCCGUUUCGAGAGUCGCAGGGAAGCCGACGGUUCCAUAGUUCGUCUUGAUCAUUAUACGAUGCGGGGAAAGAAGCUGGAGGGCGAAGACGCAGAUGAUGAUGGCGGUGACUGA